AUGCCUCCGAAGCGCAAGGCAACGCAAGAGCCAGAUACUUUACCAAAGAAGGAAUCAACGAAAAAAGACACAAAGCCUUUCAAAGACUGCCCCAUUUCCAAAGCCUACCGCUUCAUUGAGCCCGGUCCACUCCUCCUCGUCACAACAGGCUCUCUCGCCAGCAAAACACACAACAUCAUGACAUUAGGCUUCCACAUGAUGAUGCAGCACGAGUCACCGCCAUUAAUUGGAAUCACACUGGGGCCGUGGGACGCAUCUUUCAAAGCGCUGAAGGAAAAGCAGGAGUGCGUCCUCACCGUACCUUCCACCGAAAUCGCAGAAACAGUAAUUGAUAUUGGGAAUAUCUCGUCCGAUGAUCUUGAUUCACCCAGUGGGAAGUGGGAGCGGUUUGGACUCGAACCACUCCCGGCUGGGAAGGUGCAGGCUCCUCUUGUGAGCGGGCCGCAUGUGAUGGCUAAUAUUGAGUGCGUGGUUGAGGAUAUGAGUAUGGUGAAGAAGUACAAUAUGUGGGUUUUGAGAGUUGUGAAGGCCUGGGAGAAUCCCAUGCCUGACGGUGGGACGAUGGCUCAUCAUUGUGGGCAGGGGGUUUUGGUUGGUGAUGGAUUGAGGCUGGAUUUUAGUCAUCGAAUGGAUAAAUGGCAGGAGUUUCUUGACGGAUGA